UUGAUAAUACAUAUCCAAUACAAAAAUAAACAAUGUCCUAGGAGAGGGAAUUAAUGAAGGUGAAGGCCCAAUACACCUACAACUGCCAAGCUCAGGGGUUCCUUGGAGUAGCAUUAAAGACACUACUCUGCAUUAGAUCUUCUUCACUUCCACCAUCCAAAAAUCAAAUUUUUACUUUUAUAUGCAAAAAUAUAAAGAAAAAGAAAAUGGGAUAGAUUUAUAUGUAGAAAGGUGGAUUGAUUUCUUGAUGAUUUUGGGUUGGGAAAAACAAAAAGAUGGGUUAUGGGUCUAUGAAUCUCCACAUGCCCUCUAUCAUCAUUUUCAUGUUCAUGACAUUCCAUUGUAUCCACAUUGUUUGUGGCCUACAAGAGGUGUAUGAGAAAGAGAAUAAUCAUGUUGAGAAGGUCUCAGGAGAGGAUGAGAAUGAAGAAAAGAAAGCUUUGAUGUUGGAAAAGUUCAGAACUUUGCUUGGACUGAAGAGCUUCAAUGCAAGAAGUCCAUUUAAUGGUGAUUUUGAAUACGAAUCACCGUCACCUUCUCCAUCAUCCACCAUUGAAGAAGCUGAAGCUGAAGCUCCAGCUCCACCUCCAGCUCCAUCUCCUGCUCCAGUGUUGCCAAUCCUUGUCCACUCUCAUCCUCCCUCGCCGCGUUCUCGGCCGGUCCCACCACCACCCCACAAGGCUCAAAAGGAGGAAGGAGACAAAGGUAGACGCAAAAGAGUUCUGGUUGCAGCUCUUGUGUCUGUUGGAGCUACCAUUGUAGUAUGUGGCAUUGGACUAUUUUGUGUCUGCCAAAAGUUCAGAAAACAAAGAAAGAGAUCAACAAGCAUAGUGUCAACAACACAUAGCACUGAAGGAGGAUCAACUAGAGGUGGAUCAAAGUAUGUGAGUUCUCAAAAUACAUUGAAAAAGGUAAACUCUGAUUUAACCCCUGACCUCUUUUACCUUGAAUCACUAGGAACUGCUUUAGAAUCACAACCAUUUUGUGUCAAACAAGAUUUAGAACCUGUGAACACAUUAACCAAUCAAGAAACAUCAAACUCUACAUUGCAUGAAAGAGAAGACUCGGAGUCUAGUACUGCUAAUUGUUUGGCUGCUGGUAAAAUCAUGUCCCUUCAUGGGAUAGAAGAAUCGGUUAAGUAUGAUUCUGAUGGAUGUAAUUCUUCAUCAGGUAAUAAAAUAAUUCCUGUUGACGCUGAUUCAUCUGAUGAUGAGUCCUUCCAUUCUUUAUGUGAUUCACAUUCACCUAAUGUGAGGCUUUCCAAUGCCUCAGUGGGUAGUCUUAGUGAAAAAUCAGAAAUUAUCUCCCCAAAUGUGUCAAAGACAUCUUGUUCUGAGACCUCUCCUAUGAACUUUGCAACUCCAUUGCCUACCCCGGAUUUCAUCUUAACCUCGGUUUUGGAUUUAGAGUCACAUCCUCCCCAAAUUUUCUCCCCAAAUGUGUCAAAGACACCUUGUUCCAACACCUUUCCUAUGAACUUAGCAAUUCCAUCACCUACCCCGGAUUCCAUCUCAACCUCGGUUUCAGAAUUAGAGUCACAUUCUCCCCAAUUUCCCUGCAAUACAAAACAGAAUAUGCAGGCAGCAACUUCAAACUCUUCCAAUUGCCAAAACACUUUUGUGCCCCCACCACCGCCUCCUCCUCCACCUCCACCUACUCCACCACCACGAGUACACAUUUCUCCCUCACAUUCUUCUUCUUGUUCGACUAAGAUCACAUCUAAAGCUUUGAGUUCUUCUACACUGCCUAAUUCUUUGUCUCCAAGAAAUUCAGAUUCUUCUUCAGGAUCAAACCAAACGCCAAAAAGUGACAUGCCACCUUCACCUCCUAAUCCUCCAAAGCCUCUUGUGGGAAUUCCUCCACCACCCUGCCCACCUCCAUUUUUAAAAAGAAAUGGUAAUCCUCUGAAAGGGCCACCUCCUCCACCAUCUCAGUUUCCUCGGUAUACACCAUUGGGUAAAGAUGGAGCUCCACUGCCAAAAUUGAAGCCACUUCACUGGGACAAAGUCAGAGCUGCACCAAACCGUUCCACGGUGUGGGAUAAGAUGAGAUCAAGCUCAUUCGAAUUGGAUGAGAAAAUGAUUGAAUCACUCUUCGGUUACAACUUACAAAAUUCUAUGAAGAACGAUGAAGCAAAGAGUAAGAGCCCUUCUCCAUGCAAGCAUGUCCUCGAGUCCAAGAGACUACAGAACAUAACCAUACUCUCAAAAGCUCUGAAUGCAACUUCCGAGCAAGUUUGUGAUGCUCUGAUACGAGGGAAUGGCUUGUGCUUACAACAACUAGAGGCACUGGUGAAGAUGGUACCCACCAAGGAAGAAGAGGAUAAACUCUCCAACUAUAAAGGAGACAUUACUGAACUCGGUUCAGCAGAGCGAUUCGUUAAGGCAAUGCUUAAGAUACCUUUUGCGUUUACAAGGUUUGAAGCCAUGCUUUACAAAGAAACUUUUGAAGACGAAGUAGUUCAUCUCAGAAAGUCUUUCUCAAUGCUAGAGGAAGCCUGCAAGGAACUCAGAUCAAGUCGGCUCUUCUUAAAACUACUUGAAGCAGUCCUCAAAACCGGAAACAGGAUGAACAUUGGAACAAUCAGAGGAGGUGCUAAAGCAUUCAAGCUCGACGCCCUCCUUAAGCUUGCUGAUGUGAAAGGAACCAAUGGGAAAACUACACUGCUUCACUUUGUCGUCCAAGAAAUUUCUCGUUCAGAAGGCAUUAGAGUCUCGGAGAGCAUUGUGGGAAAAAUAAAUCAGAAAAGUAGAAGCAGAAAUGCCGAAGAAAGGGAAGAAGAUUACAGAAGGAUGGGACUAGAACUCGUUUCUGGUCUGAGCAACGAGCUCUUCAACGUGAAGAAGACAGCCGCGAUAGACUUGGAUGUUCUUGCAAGCUCGGUCUCUAACCUGUCAGAUGGAAUGGCUAAGCUGCAACAUCUAGUACACAAGGACUUGUGUAUGGAUGAAAAAAGUGGGAACUUUGUGCACUCCAUGAGAUCCUUCCUUGGUCAUGCAGAGAAGAAUAUAAAGGAAUUGCAGGAAGACGAAAACAGAGUCCUAUUACAUGUUAGAGAAAUCACAGAAUACUUUCAUGGAGAUGUGAGCAAAGAUGAAUCCAAUCCACUUCGGAUUUUCGUGAUUGUCAGAGACUUUUUGGGGAUGUUAGAUCAUGUGUGUAAAGAGCUUAGAAGCUUGAAAGUCCCAAGAAGUCCAAAUCCUCUAGCUCCAUUCAGAUAGAUUAGGAGGCUUGGCAUGUCUGUAGUCUAAUACAGAGUUUACUGCAUUAUGAAUUUGCAAAUCUGUGUAACAUCUUCCAAACUUUUUGUAAAUUUUUGGGAUACAGAGUGUUGUAACAAUCAUUAAUAACAUCUUCAAUGAGCCUAAUUUGGAUUCUAAAUUUCUCUCAUGUCAUGCACGUAUA